CUUGUGUGUUCUGAACGUACCAGGUUGUCCUCAUGAGUACUCCAGUGGAGAAUGUCCAUGAUCUUCUUUGCCUGUGUGGUGCGGGUGAGGGAUGGACUUCCCCUCUCAGCCUCCACAGACUUCCAUUUCAACCAGGACUUCCUGGAAUGCAGAAAGAGAUUAAAGGCGUUAUCCUCAAUUCUGGCUCAGUAUCCAAGUCGAGGCACGGCAAAAGGACGUGACCUUAGCAUACAUUUCCUAUCUUCUGGGGAUAUUGCCUGCAUGGCAAUCUGUUCCAGCAAUUACUCAACUAUCAUGGCGUUUUGCUUCCUGGAAGAGCUUCAGUGGGAAUUUGCUGCUUCCUAUGAUACAACAAGCAUCAGUUUAGCUUCCAGACCGUAUGCUUUUCUUGAAUUUGAUAAUGUUAUUCAGAAAGUGAAGUGCCAUUUUAACUGUGCGAGUGGCUCUCAAAUGAAGGCCAGCUGGGAGAAGGUUGAGGAGGAGCUGAAGUUCCAGCCCCCGGUUCAGCUGAAACUAGAGGAUACAGAGCUGAUGAAUGGGAUGGCUAAUGGUGGGCAUGCAGGUGUACAUGUGGAGGUUGUCCCUACUUACAGAAUGCAGCGUGUGACACCCCUGGGGAUUCUGUCGCUUGUUCUGAACAUCAUGUGUGGAGCUUUGAAUCUCAUUCGAGGAGUUCACCUAGCAGAGUAUUCAUUUCAGGAGGACCAUGAAGGAAUUGGAAAUGUGAUAGCUUUUUUCCUACCUUUUCUAGCCUGUGUUUUUCAGUGUUACUUGUACCUCUUCUACAGCUCGUCAAGGAAGGUGAAGACAUUUCUACUCUUUUUCUCUGUUUGUUUAUGCAACAUUUACUUGUACGGAUUACGGAACCUCUGGCAAAUAGCCUUUCACAUAGGAGUGGCAUCUCUUUCUUCUUAUCAGAUAUUGACGAGGCAACUUAUGGAGAAACAGCCUGACUGUGGAGUAUGAAAAAACUUCGGGUUUGCUACUCUAUUUUUACAACUUUUUUGUAUUAAACUGGCCAAAAAUAGCUUGGAGUAUUUUGGAAGAUUUGUGACAAUGGUUAUUGCAAGGAGGAUAUUUCAAAGCAACUCGAAAAUAAAGUAGGAUACUGUAAUCGUGUCAAACAUACAGUGAGGAAUGUAGCUGUAUUUAACAUGGCAUGUGGUAAUUGUGCGUGGUAGAUUUUGUCAGGUGUCAUCAACAAAUGGAGGUUCUCCUUACCAUAAACAGGCUUUUACUCCUUGACUAAUACCAUCUAGACAGCAUUUUGCCAUUUGUCUUACUGGCUUUUUAACAGUUUGGUGGGUGAACAUCUUGCCCUGCCAAUGCUUCUGAAACUAUUAAAAUUGUAUAGUAAAAUGAAGAUAAAGUGGUGGGUAACAUUUUUUUCUAUAGAAUUUGUUAAGCAUUAAGAUUCUUGGUAAAUGUAAGUAAAGGAGUUUUUUGCCAUAAUUAGAUGAGUUCAACAUCAGUGGGAAAAAUAGUAAGGAUGAGCUUCGGGGUAAUUUUUCUAGGUUUUGAAGGAAAGGAAAAGGCUGUGGCUAUUUUAAAAACCAUAACGGCUAUAAAUAUCUCCUGGCUAAACAGCGCAUCGUAGUUAAGUAUGUGCUCAUUGGUUAAUUGCAAAUAUGCUUGGGGCAGCAUAAAAUAAACCAAGUGAAUAUAAGUGAUCUUUCAGCUCAAGUGACCUUUAUCCUUGGUUAAGGUCACUCUUAGUAUAAGGGUAAUUCCAUGUUUGCUUGGUCUGUAUGGAUAAUAAAUCUUCCAAGCCUACUUAUGACAGGCCACUGACUCCCUCACCUUUUUUAAAAAAAUGCAUAGCUGGUGAGUAGAAAACCAUUUCCAGUAAUGGAAAGCAAGAGCAGGUUCUCUUUAUUAUAUAAAACACCUUUAGUUAAUGGUGUUGAGUUCUUACACUAAGAUGAAUUUAUGAGUGUGCACUUUUGAAUAUAGUACUUAAGAGCUGAAAUUCUUAACCUCUGCUGCACUCGUAUUGUUGUAUGUUAUGUAUUGAGGUGCAUACGGGCAUUUUAGAACAUACAUAAAUAAUUUAGGCUGUCUGUUUAAAAAUGUGUAGCAUUUUGAAGCAGCUGGUCUUGAAGGGUUAUAGAGACUCAAACUGAGAAGAUGUAGAGAACUCUGGGUGUGUUAUUGUGGAAUGUGGUCCUAGAUUUUCUUUAUUUUCUUUUCGUUAGGAAACUGUUUUCUGGUUGCCCCAUUUCUUCUACCAAAUGUCUGUCACCAAAGAUUUAUUUUCCUGUCACAUAGUCUCUACCUCUAGAGGUUGCAAAGAGAUUAACGUGAUGCAGAGUUAUCUUCCUGAGUUUGCAGAAAUGCUUAACAAAAUUACUUCCUUGCAUCUCGGUGCAUUUCCCUGAAAUCUCGUGAUGUAAACACUUACGAGUAUCAGUAGGCUACUAGACCAGACACCUGUGUACCUUGGAAGCACUUCUGUGAUGCAGCUGACUGCAACAACGGCGUCAAUGGGCAGCCCUUUACAACCUGAACAGUUUCUAGGACAUCAAGAGACUUGGUGCCAGAGCUUUUUCCAGUAGUAAAAUGUAGGUAUUUCUUUUCCAUCCCAUAUUUGCCCAUUUACUGUAACAACAACAAAAUGAAAUCCUUUAAACUGUGAGGAAUAGUCUAGUAGGAAUGAUGGAAGAAUAUUUUAGCCAGCCAGUUAAGAAAACAGCCAGAGCUGUGUGCCAUAAGGGAAUACUCUUCUGUAUAAGGGAGCGGAUUAAAAUUGUUGGUCUGUCAUUACCCCAGUUUUCUGCCAGACUGUAAGUGCAGAAAUGAAGCCAGCAUUCAACCGUUGUCCUUAAGACACCUGGAUGACCCCACAGAUGUGGGAGUUUUAGUACUGACAAGCUUUAAGUUUCCAUGCUGUUCAGUCCCAGUUUUACUUGGUGAUAUGACCCAGCUUCUACCCUUUCACCCUCCAUCAGACUAAAGAGUCAAAAAGAGCUUUACUGUUUCUCCGUAGGCUUCGAUAAAGCUAUAGCUUAAGGCACGCAGAGCAUUUACAACUGGGGCUUGGGGCCAGUGAACCGUUACCUGCUUUUUAUUCCUCAUCCUUGUCUUGAGCUGACUGGAAUAAACUGUAAUGUUCCUGAUGCUUCCUGAGCGUCUGACUGUUUGCUUUAUCAUAAAACAAAUACAUCCCCAUGCCAGGUGAUGUUAGCAACAGCUCUGCAAUAAGAGUGGUAGAACAAGGUGUUUAGAUAGCUUGUGUAAUUAACAUAAUUAGAGUGGAUAAAGAUUAAAUUCAGCUUUUGCUUAACACUUUCUUUUCCCUGCAAAUGUUUCAGUAAAAUCAAACAAAACCAGUUGGUUCAGUUCUGCCUUCAUGUAAUUUUUUUUUUUCUUUGUGAAUUAGGCGGAGGAUGCGACUAGAUCUUUUCUACUAAAUGAACAAAGCUCUGGUUUGCUGUUAGUCUUAAUCCCUUUGCAACCUUUUUUUCCCCCUGUAAUAUGUGUAAACCAUAUUAAGGAAUCUGCAUGGAUUAAUAUAUGUGCGUUAGUAUCUGCGCACUUUGUAGGUUUGGACUGUGAUUCAGGGAUGAGGCAGAGCAUGCAUAGUUUGACCUAUUUUUUUUCCCUUUUUUUAAUGUUAGUGUUUUGAAUGGCUCCUAUAUCUGUAUGGUAUUUAUACAGUUAAACUUUUUCUUCUGGUGAAACAGUAAGAGGAAUAGAAUAGUUUACACUGAUCUCAGUGCUUUAAGAUUUAAUAAAAAAGAAUGACUUGCAGUUUGAGUACAUGAAAUCUGACUCACAUCGUAGGAUUAUGCCUGUAUUGAAUCAAAUCCUCAAAUGGGAAUCCAUGCCUUUUUGUUCAACUUUAAACUGUUUAAUGUAGUUUGAAUUGCAUCUCCUUAAUUCUGUCAGUUUUAAAGAUAAGUCUUUUGGAAACUCUUUUCCUCACCCAGCAGCUCAGUGCAAGAAAAUUGGCAAAGAAUAAACUUCAUUAAUUUAAAGAUUUGCAGUGCUUAGUCACUUCAGGAAACUGAUCAUUUUCUGUGGGUUUUUGGUUUUUUUUUCUUCCUCCCAAAGACCUGUUAAGUUUAUAGAAGGUGGGCUGGUACCUUUUUAGACAUUUUUGCACUGUAUUAAUAAUUGAACCUGUGUAAAUGUGUAUAAAAUAAUUUUGCAUGUAUAUGUAUAUAUGUACAUAUA